GCCUCGUAUGACACAGCGUCCUUUCCAAAGGUCACUAUGGACUUCGUAGAAGGGGCCAAGGAUACUCUAGACGAUGAUAUCCUUGUCCAUGCUUCCAUUGCCGAUGUAUUAGCCAUGAAGGAAAAAACCUUCGUGGAUUUGUGGGGUGCCAAGUCGGCGUUUCACAAUGGACUGGUGAACGCUCCUGUCACUGAAGCAUUCGAAUCUGAUUCGGACAGUGACGGUUUGGAUCUUACGGAAGAGGAGAAACAGUUUCAUGCUGCCGAGAUAGCAAAGACUGAGCGGGAUCGUGGUAGGGGUAUGGCGAAGGACAAGCGCCUGUCGGUGUCUAAAUUUCUUCGGAAUGCGUUUCUUCCCUUAGCCCCAAGUAGAUGGGUGGAAUCUGAGUCUGUUAGGCUUGAUUACAAGGUGUGGGAGUUGGACACAUUCAAUCACUACGCUCCUAUCGACGCCAAUGUGUAUCACCUAUUAGCCUCCCUCACUGAAGCAGAGAUGACUCUCUGUCAGGACAAGGCCCUGGGUGAGGACACUGACCUCAUCAAGGGCCCAUAUCCGAUUGGCACAGAGGCCAUGGCUCCGCCAAUGGUCGGGCACUUCGACCACACGAAGUGUUCGGCGUCCGGUUCACAGCUUCAGAUUAGAAGCUUCUGUGCUACGAGGGCGCCAGAUGUUAUAUCUGAGCUCAAGAGGAUAUGGAACGUGGGAAGGCCAUUCCUCAAAUGUCGAUGCGUGGAGGAGGGUAAGGAGGACUGUAAGACCUCCAUCACAUGGUUCGACCAUGUCCUUUGGUAUCUAUUGGCAAAUCUUGAAUACCUGUACCUGAUUGCCCCCUCGCUCAGGGCCAGGAUCAGGGCAAUGAGAAAUUUCCUCAAAAGAACGUGGCGGGCUCCCAUUCUGACCUCGGUAGUGUUCACACACAUGAGAACCAUCAUGACACAAAUGGCCGAAAACGUAGUUCUCGAUCUCAAUAGGAGAAGGGAAACAAUCCAUGAUGACCCGGUAGUGAUGGCAAGAAAGUUUCCGCGGAGGAUGGCGGCGCUGAUCCUCCCGGACAAGUACAUCAGAAGCCCCGCUAGGAGGAGAAAGGGGAAGGAGGUGGACAAUCGGCCAGCGAAGAGACAGAGCAACACGCUGCUUAAAUAUUACGUUAGGCCAGGCAUGGCAAAUGAGGCGCAAAACGAGCAGCAGGCGGCGGCUCAGCAGUUGCACGGGUCGGUCUCACCCAAUGAAAGCUCGAAGGGCAAUGCGGCUAUGGACACCCCUCACAGCUCUUCAGUCACGGUCCAAUCGGCGCAGGGGAGCUCGGUUGUCGGCAGGCAGCUGAGGAGAAGCCCCAGGGCAACUACAGCAAGAACAAACUUGUUCUCGGUAUAAGUAUCCUGCUUAAUUUAGUGUAUGCAUGUAUGUAUGUGCAGGAUUCAAUGGGGAUGCUCAUGGUGGAUGAAGCGGGAAGAUAUAAAUGGAUGGCAAAACAGAAGGAAAAGGGCAGCAUGUUUAUGCACAUUAAAUAUGCUAAUCGAGCUAUGGAGGCGGUCGGGUUCAGGAAAAUCCUGGAGAAGGCCUUCUCUCUGUUCUUUUCCCCGGCGGCUAUUAUCCUUCUUUCAUCCAUUGUUAUUGAUUGGACGUACAGUAAAACCCUGGAGUCUAUCAUCUCGUUUCCCAUCGUUGCCCACAGAGGUCAUCAGGGAUUUCUGCCUCGAGGACUGGAUCGCUGAGUGUACCGAUAAACGUUUGUGCCCGUG